AUGUACAGACAACCCGGCAACAUCAACCCUGUUCUCCCACAAACAUCCCUACUAUCACCCCUGCUGAAAACACCGCGACGACUACCACUCCCGUCAGCGGUUAUCAGACUGCCGAUGACCCGUCAUCGAUCCCCAGCAUCAUCCACAUUUCCUCAGCUCAUGCGUCCGUCACACGACAAUCUCCGCCAACACCACGAUCUGUCGCCCUCUCCCCAUCGAUGGGACGACAUCCGACGUCCCUCAUCUACUGCUAUCACCAUCAACACUCCCAUCUCCAGCGACGUGGACUCAGUUCCAACCUGUCCCUGUUGCGAUCGCACAUUUACCUCACACAUCGGCCUGGCUGGUGACACGCGAAUACGUCGGACGGAGACCGGUGAGCCAGUGCCCGACGCAUCCAUAUACACCAGGCGCACUCGACUCAGCUGCCCGCAUCGCCCCGCACAUCCAGCCACCGUUUGGGUCUACUAG